UUUACAGUACAAGCGACAUGGCGCGUUGACGAGGCGCUUCUUGUUGCGCGUUCUUUAUUUCAUCAUUACCCAUUUCUCCAUGCGCUUCUCUUUAUUAUUCACUAUUUCGCAUUACCCAGCGGCAUUCCUUUCUCUGUUCCGCCUCCCUGCCUUCGCCUUCUCUUGAGUUCACUCACCAUCACAGCCUCUCACAACCGCACCUCUCUUCUCAAGUCUCGCUUCUGACAGCUCACCUCUCCUCCGCCACAAUGUCCGCCCCUCGCCGCCACAGCAUUCUCGUCGCGCCCUCACGCCCCGAGAGUUCAAGAAACGCAGAAUAUCGACAGCGCCUCAUCCAUGACCUGGACCGACUGUGGAUGGGCGGCCGUGGCUAGUUACCCGAAGGCACCGAUCCCAGCAGACCUGCCCUGGACUCGCUCUACCAGAUGCGUUCGCUGACUAGAGCCAUCAAACGAACUGGGCAGCCGCUUCCUGCGCUGUUUGUCGUCGGCGGUCCUCUCUACAAUACGAGGUUCACAAAGAGGAACAUUGCUAACGCGGAGGCGUUUAUCUUGAGGCGUAUUCAGGAGCAGGGAGGUACUGCUAUGGCUGAUCAUGGAUACGCGAGAUAUCCUUUGUAUCAGCCACCGCAAGAUCGUGAUGAUCACGGUCAAGAUGGAGAAACUGCCUCCUCGUUUGGUGAAGCUGAACUCGCGCGCGCCUCUUCUAGCCCUGCUGAACAACUAGACAUUGGCAAUGACACCUUUGCACCCCUGAACGACAACGACAACGACAACGAGAUCGCUCUCCCAACUUCAGAGCUCUUCCAAGAUGAUCACGAUGAUGCGAUGGAAGUCAUCAACGAUUUCGACGGCAGCGAUACCUUGUCCACUGACCUCAACGAAAAAGCCCUUGCUCGUAUUCGAAACGGAGAGUGGCUUGAUGACUUUAGAAUUGCUCAACUCCUCGACCGUCUUGUCUCAAUCCAACCUCUCGAUGCUGCCGCGAUCGAUCCUCUCUUGAUCGACAGAGUUCCUACCAACGGGUCCAUCACCCAUCGACUUGGUGAUGGCACGACCCGCGAUUUUCUGCUGCUGGUACCUGUUCUUUGCGACGCUCACUGGAUUCUACUUGUGCUGCAAGCUGGCGACAAGUCAGUGACCUACUUCAACUCGAUGCCCAGUCUUAGCAUGGACAACUUGCUCCGUCGUGUUCAAGAGGUUGAGAGUGGUCUGGUUAGGGGCUUGGGUUACAAUCUCGGCGAUGCUGUGUCUGCUGGUCCAACGUGGUGCCCUGAACAACUCAACUCUGACGAAUGUGGCGUCGCUGUUGUUGUCAACGCUCUCUACAUCCUGGCCAAGAGGCCUCUAUCAUCCACGUCCGCCAGCUGCGAUUAUGCCACCUGGCGCUAUGUUUUGGCUGCACUGCUGGAAGAUGAGCUUGUCGACAAUCUCUCCCUCGUACCCUCAGAUCUCACAAAAGAGCCUACCAUCAAUCUCGGUGUCGCUGAGCCUCGACCUGAGAGUCUCCGAGCUUCCGAGUACCGCGAAUGGAUGCGCAACGAGCGACAACGUCUCGCAGCCCACAUGCAGUCCAGCAUCGACACUCUCCUCCGAUUCUCUUCUCGCUGCAGCUGUCACAUCACCAUCAUCAACGAAGUCGUCGCUGUACUUGAGGGUCUCACAUCUCCUGCUGGUCAAGUCGAUACUGUUGGCCAAGAGCUCCAAUCGGAGUUGGAGUCACUCACCAAUGCUCUUACUUGUGUGCGCGCCUGUAUCAUGGUGAAUGACGUGGCUGAGAAGGCUUUGAAGAAGCAGUUGAAGGGGUUGGAGAGGCAAAUUGGUCUGCGUGAUGCUUUUCGGGAGAGAUUGGGGGUGAUUAUUCGGCAGUGUCGAAGUGACCAUGAGGGUCUUGAAAGGAUGGUCGAUGAUGUUGCUACUUUGAUUGACGAGAUGAAGAAGGAAUGUGUUUAGAUGGAUGUAAAGACGGAAUAAAUGUGAUGCACAAAUAAGGAAUGGGGGAUGUGAUAGAUACAUACACCUAGAUUUAACUAUGAUUUGACAAGUUGAGAAGUAGAGACUGGAAACCAAGCAUAAUGGAAUUAUCACAGACCCAGCAGAGUAGCUAUCAGAUAAUGGCCCUUGUUAUCGCAUGGGUAAUUAGAGCGAAAAGAAAUGGCAUUGGACGGCAUAAUUGACGUGGCUACCACUUGCAGG